AUGGCAACAAACGCGGCGUAUAUUGAUAUUCAAGAAAGUCACAUGAAAGAAUUAAGUAACUCUGAUUUAACCAAACUGAAUGCGAUUGGUGUGGACAUGUCGAAGAACGAGUUCACCAAAUUUCCUCCAGUACUGAAGAACUUGACAGCACUGACACAUAUUAAUGCUGACGGGAAUCAAAUUUCGUCGCUUGAGAAUUUGACGCUCUUCACAAAUUUGUCGAAGGUGGACGUCUGCAAGAAUUGUGUGACGGAAGUGCCGAGUUGUUUGACAUCACUGACGAAGUUAUUUCAAUUUUCGCUCUUUGCGAAUCGGAUCAGAACGUUUCCGAACGGGUUUUGUUACUUAAAAGAGCUGAACUUGGGGUCGAAUGAAAUCUCUGAAAUUCCGUUACACUGGGAUUUGCCGAGUCUGACGUCUGUAGAUUUGAGUCAAAACAACUUAUGUCGAGUCGAAGGGAUAACUAGUCUAAGCAAUUUGGUUGUGAUGAAUUUGGGGACGAACAAAAUCACAUCAUUGCCAUCGAUUGGGUGUUUACUGAAACUUGAAAACAUUGACGUUUCAAACAACCGAAUAGGGAGUUUGCCGAUAUCGAUAACACAAUUGACGUACUUGUCUUCAUUCAAUGGAGACUAUAAUCCAAUUAAAAGUCUUCCGGAGGGGUUUCUGAAGUUAAAGUCGUUACGACUGAUCUCAUUGUGUCACUCCCAAUUUGAAGGCUUUACAGAACCCCUUGGUGCGUUGAGUCGAUUACAAACACUGAUGGUGUCGAAUUUGAACUUAACAACUUUGCCGAAGGAAAUUAAUGCAGUGAAGGAGAUGAGGACACUUGAUGUCAGUAAUAACAAAAUAGUCGAAAUCACCGCUCUUCCGAAGACGACCGACGACUUCAUUGCUACAAACAAUUUGAUUAACACGUUCUCACCGGAAGGGACAAUUCAAAUUGGAUUCAUCUCUUUACGAAACAACGAUUUGGACCAUUUCCCUUUGAAGUUGAAUGAAAUUAUGAACCUCCAAAACUGCGACUUGUCGAAGAAUAAAAUCACUACUAUCCCAGACAUCCCCCUCGAAUUGAAUUACUUGAGAGCUAUCGACGUCUCAUUCAAUUUGCUCACUUCUAUCCCCCCUAUCUUCCAAAGAUGCCCAAAACUCACAAAACUCAACGCGUCGUAUAAUCACUUGACGACGUUCCCCCCACUCUCUUCAUUACAAAACUUAAAAGUCCUCCUCCUCGCUGGAAACUUGAUCAGCGAAAUUCCUCAAGAACUCUCGACGUUGACUAACUUGUCGCUCCUCCAUUUGGCUAAUAAUAGGUUCACAGACUGCCCAAAGAUCUUGUCGGAGUUGCCCAAUAUCCAGCGGCUGUCGUUAUGCAUGAACUCGUUGACGACACUUCCGGACUUUGUGAAUAAGUCGCUGGUCUCAUUUGAUGUGUCGAACAACCGAUUGACCUCCGUGCGACUCCCCGACGCCCCAAAUCUGCGACGACUGAAAUUGUCGCACAACGCGUUAGUUGAGAUUCCAAUGAACCAAACCAAACUUCCAAAACUCGAGAUAUUGGACUUGUCAUCGAAUGGCCUGUUAGACUUCAAAGUCCAUCCCUUGGAAUUUCCAUCAUUACAAGUACUAGACUUGAGUCUCAAUAAUUUGUCGAGUGUCCCAAACAUCGGGAAAAGGAAGUUUGUGAUUCGAAUGGACGGGAACCCGAGUUGGCAAGCAGUCCAAUUUCCAUUUUUGAGCAAAUUUAACCGUCCAGAGGAAUUUAUGACGGAGGCGGCGUCAUUCUCCUUUUGCUCGAAAUGUAGUAAUAGAGAGGAGAUGCAAGACUCGAUCAUCUGUAUACCGAAUUUUACAGCACCGGACCACUUUCUAUUUGCAGCAGUGGAUGGACACUUGGGGAAUGUCGUGUCGAAUACCUUCUCACAAAAGUUCCCUGCACUUCUGUACGGAUUUUUAAAGACUACGGACGUCAGAACGGCUUUCUUCCAGGCGUUUGAAGAAAUCCAGAAACAACUCACAGAAAUGAAAGUCACGGACGGAGCAGUCGUCACCGUGUCUUUUGUCACACCAACACACAUUCACGUCGCACAAUGUGGAGACUGCAGAGCAGUGUAUAUUACAGACAAUGAAGUGUAUCAAAUGUGUGACGAACAUACUCCCGCCAAUCCACAAGAAUUUAAAAGGAUUAAAGAGUACGGGGGGUAUACGGAAAGAGGACGAGUCUUUGGAGAUUAUAUUGUGUCGAGGUCGAUUGGGGAUAUCGCCCUCAAACCAGUCAUUUCGGACUUGCCGGAGUUUGUGAGCAUCAAACGAGUGAAGAACGAAAGGUACUUCAUUGUUGCUUCUGAUGGGUUGUGGGAUCAAUUGUCGAAUACUGACAUCGUUGCAUUAUUAAAAAAGAAAAAGGACUGCGUCAGAAUAGCGGAGUUGUCGUCUAUGCUCUGUGAUGUUGCGUUUGUAAUGGGUUCGACAGAUAACAUCUGUGUCGUUGUUUGCAAAUUAAUAUGA